UUUCGUAACAUGUGAAUGUCUGUUUUAACCUUAAGUGAUUUACUUAAACGCUAUAACAUUAUUUAUUCAAAUACAAUAAAGAGUCCACACUGGAAGCAAAUCAUUGAUCUCUGUUAAGCUAUAUAUAGUGUGUGAUUUCUUUUUGUGUACAUGGUAGUCGCUAUAGGUUUAUUGUGUCAAAUCAUUACAAUGAUCGAUAGGUUGUUGUAAGUUCCUAUUGCAAAAUGUCUGCCCGAUACCGUCUUAACGAAGGAUUUAAAGAAAUAAGUGUCUGUUUAAUUUGAUAGCACUAACUUAAUACUUGAAUUCACGUUUGUAUUUAUAAAUAAGAUUGAACUUUUAGAGUAAAAACAGUGUUUAUAUAAAUAUUUUCUGCUGUGAAUUGAUGAAAACAUGACAUCGUGACGUUAUACUUUAAUACUCCUCAAUAAAGACUCCAUUCCUGCUUCAAGCUCCUGGAUUAAGCUUCAUUAACCUCGCAAGGUUUCUCCAUCAUAGGAAGGGACUUAAACCAAGAAACGCCAUGCAUCUCUGGACACUUCUACUAUCGCUUCUUGUUGAGCGCACCACGGCCUUCUGCAGCGUCACAACGUCUUCGACGGCGGCUGCGAGCGAGACCACGUUGAAUUACGUUCAAUCUCCUGGUUACCCUUCCGGCUACCCACCGAAUGAAGAUUGUGAAUGGAAUAUAAGCCCCGCCGACUCGAGCCAACGCGUUAUGUUCUAUAUUGAGAUGGUUAGUCUGGAAGCCCGGUACGAUUUCUUGUCGAUUGUCGACAAUGGAGGUACCGUUUGGUACUCGGAAAGUUAUGACCAAUUGUAUGGAAUAACAGAGUCAGGAGAUGUGAAAGUUGUCUUUCACUCGGACUACUCUAUCCAGUAUGGGGGAUUCAGCCUGAUGUAUAUGGCUGUCAAAACCUCCGACAGCGACAUUGCGCCGUGCUCCUCUUCCCUGACCGCGUCCAGUACAGAUCAAAACCUCGUCUACUAUUUCUCGUCGUCCUCAUACCUCUAUCAAACAGGACAAAGCCAAUCCUGUUCAUGGACGAUAACGGCGAGCGCCAAUCAAUUCAUUGAAAUCAGCGUCCCGUUAUACACAACUAGCAACUGGUACCUACUGGAUCUGGGUCAAUCUUCCGAGUACGUCAGUGGUUCCGGUCCAUACAUCACUUCCGGAAACACUGCAACAGUGACGUCAUUGGAUGGGGCAUUCAUUUUGACAUAUAAGGAGGUUUCCUAUAGUACCACAGAUGCAACAUUGACGACAACACCAUCUCUUGAUGUAACGGAUAUGUGCGACACAUCGCAGCUAUAUGCAGACCAGACCUCCCGCUAUCUGCAGUCGAAUAACUACCCUAAUCCUUCCUUCAGGUACGUUUAUAAAUACUCAUUUCUUAUCCAUCAAUUGUCACGAAAGCUCAUAGUUGAGUCCAUUCGGCUCCUGGGUAAAACCCAGUACCGUCAGCAUAAGAAAGUUCCCCAGACGGACUAA